AUGUCUCUAAGCAAGGAAGAGACAUGCAUGUUCUACUUAAAAACAAACGGAUGCAAGUAUGGCCCAGAAUGCACAAAGAUGCACAGCAUUCCAUCAAGUAGCAAGGUUGUUGUUGUAAAGAACAUGUAUAUGUAUCCGAAAAAUGACUUUGCAUCUACCCUAAGCGCAAAUUCAUUGCAGAUCCAUUUUGAUCUGUUUUACGAGGAUUGGCUUUCCGAAGUGUCAAUAGAAUAUGGGCCAGUAAAAAGACUUGUGGUUGCAUCAAACAGGUGCGCACAUCUGCAGGGAAACAUAUACAUAGAAUUCUAUGAGGAACACAGUGCACUGAAAUGCGCAAGAAUGAUCUCAAAGAGAUAUUACGAUGGCAAGAGAAUUACUUCAGAGCUUGGAUGCUCCAGCAGAAUAAGUGAUGGAGUGUGUUCUGAGAAUAGCAGAGGAUGCUGCAGUAAGGAGGAGCAGUGUGGAUUCAUUCAUGCAAUAAAUCCAAGCCCAGAUGUUGAAAGAGAGCUUUUCGAUGCCCAGGAUCUUCUAUAUGCAGAAAACAGAUAUCAAGGCAUGGCAUUCGAAAGACAAAGCAAGCAUACUGCAUGCACUCAAGAUAAUAAAAGAAAUCACAGUAUAUAUCCAAAUGAAUGCUACGAGGGCAAGCAUAGCAGAAAUAUACAAGAUGAAGUAGCCAAGAGAGUCAAAUAUAGUACAAAUAGGAAUUACAGCAGAAAUAAGGAGAUGCAACAAAAGCAAUCCAACUAUAAAUACUAA